GGAUCAGUUUCAUUAAGUACCACCCUAUGUAAGUUGAUGGUAGGAAUGAUCACUUUGUUUACACUAACAUUCUACCAACAAGCGAUUUUUACAAUUCGCUCACUCCACGCGUUUGUUUGUAAUGCGAUAGCCUUGCAUAGAAGCUGUGCAUGACGAAUAUGUUUGUUUAAGUCGUUGCAAAAAUAUAGUGCUAAUUUAUAGAUAUCUAAGAAACAGUCGAAUAACAGAACUUCCGAAAUUCCUUUUUGUCAAGGAAAUUGUACGUACACAUCUCCAUAUAACCAGUGAAACAAAUUGCGGCAAUUAGAUGUAACUGACUUAUAUUUAGCAACUUAUAAACGUCGUGGCUAUGUGGUAUAUAAAUUUGGAUUUAUUAAAGUGCUAUUUUCGCUAUUAAAACACAAUGAAUCACAGAGGGUCUAAUUCGUUUUCUAUAGAUUCACUGAUAUCAUCACCGUUUACAUCUAGAUAUGGUUCGAUGAUGUAUAACAGUGGCUACGUGUUCAUGCCACCGGUGAGCUCGACGGUACUUCCGUACGCACAAGCGUCCUAUGGUUUUCCUUUGGGUUCACGUACGACAUAUCCAGGACAUUAUCAUAGUGCAUUUAGUGGUUCCGUAAUGGGAAAUUACGGACGGGCAGACAUUCCACUUUCAACAUUCAAUGACUUUAUGAAUAAACCAAAGAAAAUGGCCCGAGAGAGUCCGACUGAAGUUGUGUCCGACGACAACGAUGAAGGGGAUGAUUCACAUCCGAAAGAUUUACGAGUGGCAGCAAAUUGCCAAAAAGAAGACGAGCUCGCAAUGCAAGACGAAAAUGACAAUGAUGACGUCAUGAGUGACAAUUCAAUAGCAGAAGAUACAAUGCUAGACACGACUAAUGAAGAUGAUAGAGACAUCACAAGGUCAGACGACGAAGAAGAGGACAAUGAAAAUUCAAACAGUAAUCGGCUCAAAUCAAAACUCACAAGUGACACUGAAGAUGCCGGAAAAGUAACGCUUCCGUCUGGGAAAACCAGACGGCGUAGAACGGCUUUUACUUCUGAACAACUCUUAGAACUAGAAAAGGAAUUCCACAGUAAAAAGUAUUUAUCUUUAACUGAACGUUCUCAGAUUGCGCAUGCGCUUAAAUUAAGUGAAGUUCAGGUAAAAAUUUGGUUUCAAAAUAGGAGAGCGAAAUGGAAAAGAGUAAAAGCUGGACUGGUACACGGACGAACAACUUCGGAUAAUAUGAAUAAACCAAAAAUAGUUGUCCCUAUUCCAGUGAAACCUGAAAAAAUUGGCGUUUCCCUAGUCAACCCCCAAGAAAUUUACAAAAAAAAUGCCCCAAAUUUUUACCCACUAAAACCCCAAUUUCACAAUUUUAAAUUUACAAGUUUUCAAGAUUGA